AUGGCAUCACGGCGACGGACCUUUAAACGUCUCAGCAGCAGCCAGGUCUUCAUUCUAGCGCUGCUGGUCAUCAUCUUGGUUCUGAUACACCUUCGGGGUUCUGCCGCUCCCGUGUCUUCAGAUGCUGAAAAGGAAAAAGACCGUGUCAAAGUGCAGAGUCGAGCAGAUUCAAGGAUCAUCACUGCUGAACCUGGAGAUGACGUCACUCUGAGAUGUCAAGAUCCAAACAUCAACGAGGAUUCAGCUUCGGAGUGGACCAGAUCUGACCUGAAGGAGGGAGAAUAUGUGUUUGUAUACAGGAGUGGUGAUGUCAAUCUAGACGAGCAGCAUGAAUCUUUCAAGAACCGAGUGUUUCUGCUGGACCCUCAGAUGAAGGAUGGAGAUCUGUCUGUGGUUCUGAAGAACGUGAUGAUUGAAGAUUCUGGAACAUACAAGUGUUCAGUCCUACAACAAAGUGGUUCACACAGAGAAAUGAAGCCAAUCUCCACCAUCAAUCUGCAGGUGUCUCCAGGAGAUGAAGGAGUACUGGAAGAAGUCGUGGGUGGAGUCAGUCGUGGUCUGAUUGUUCUUAUUGUUCUGAUUGUUCUGGCAGUUCUUCUUAGUGUUCUGGUUCUGGUUUUUGUUGUUCUCUACAAGAAGGGAAAAAGGUUCAAAGCCUCCAGAGCUUCCAUCAACCAGUUCUAACAUUAUCUUCUAAUCUCAGAUUCUAAGCCAGAGAUAAACCAAACAAACACAGAAGAUUUAUACUAUGGGUAUUUGGAUCAAUCCACCCUGGACUAACACUUGCUCUGCUGCAGAUUAAAUAUUCACUGUGCCAAACCAUUCCUGUUUAAUAAUCAUCCUCUAAAAUACCCCUUAAAACUACAACCACGUUUAUCCUUGGGAGCCAUUAAACUGCAUGUGGACGUGUACCGAUGAGGAUCUUUGCUGAACGUAUUAAAUUAAAAUGUAAAUU